GGGAUUUUUUUCAUUAUUUUACAAUUAAACUGUACUAUGAUGAGUUAGAUAUUAAAAGAACUAGUGUAAGUAAAAUUAUUUGGUUUUGUAAUACCAGAAUUCCACAAGUUUAAAACAUUUCAUACUUAUGGUUGGAACUAAUAUUUAGUUUACCAAGUCUUAAAAUGACACUGUCAUUUUGAUUUUUCUACAGUUUAAUUUGUAUGACAGAUAGUAGUUUGUGACAAGAAGUAUCAAAUCGACAGAAAAGACAAAACAAUGGCAUCAGUAGUGCAGAAUUCUGAGAAAUUUGAACUUUGGAAGAGUUCCAGGUUAAGAUAUUCCCUUUUCAUGCUGCAAAAAUUGACAAAAACAGAAGGGAAAAUCAUAAAUUCAAAAUAAUGUAUUUUUUGUAAAGUUAAAGAAGAUGAUGAGCUCCACUAUGGUAAAAUAUUUCAUAGAGAGAAGUUUUCCUUACACUACUACUGUAUGCUUUUUUCCAGUGGAUUAGUCCAGAGAGGGAAGAGUGAUGAUGAUGGAAUUCUCGGGUUUCUGCCUGGUGAUAUUUUACGAGAAGUUAGAAGAGGAAAGAGAAUGAAAUGCUCCUACUGCCGAAAAUGUGGAGCUACUAUAGGCUGUUGUUACAAUAAGUGCAAGAAAGUGUUUCAUUUUCCUUGUGGUCUCCAGAAUGGUUCUCUGAAUCAGUUUUUCGGAAGAUUUAACUCAUAUUGUGAGGAGCAUCGUCCUAAACAGAAAGUGUUGGAGGAGAAUGGAAAACAGUCAAAAGGAUCUGAAUUGAUGUGCCCUAUAUGUUUAUAUCCUGUGGAAGACAGAGUUUCCAAUUAUGUACUGAUAGCUCCUUGUUGCAAAUCUUCAUCGUUUCACCGAAGCUGUGUGCAGAGGCAAGCCCUAAGUGCUGGCUAUUUUUUCAAGUGUCCUUUGUGCAAUAACAAGGACCUGUUUCAAAUGGAAAUGCUGAAAUAUGGGAUUCACAUACCAGAACAGGAUGCAUCAUGGGAACUAGAACAAAAUGCCUUCCAAGAUCUCUUGGUAAGGUAUUGCCAUUGUGAUGCACCACAGUGUAUAUGUCCAAAAGGAAAAAAUUUCAGCUUAAAGGGCAGUGAAUGGGAAAUCCAAGUUUGUAGGUCAUGUGGAUCACGAGGUUGCCAUGUUCUUUGUAGAAAACCUAUGUCUCAGAAAUCAUACUGGGAGUGUGAAGAAUGCCUAACUGUCUGUAAAAAAUUGAAGGAAAGACAGUCUGUUACCACACCCACCAAAAUACAUGAUGAUAACAGAAAGUUUGAGGAUGUAAGAGAGGAAGAUAGCUCUUCAGAAGCUGUCAAUACCAGUAGAUCUGUGUCAUCAGAGAAGAAAAAAAGAAAAUCGGAAAAAACUAUUUUACUAGAGAAAGAUUCAACUGAAGUAAAAUUAUCCAGGGACAAAAUAAAGGAACAAACAACACCAUUUGGCUUUCUUAGAAGAGAAGAAAAAAUGAACAUGCAUAAAUUAAAAUCAAUGUCCUUGGAAGGACUUCUUCAUAGUUACCAUGGGAAUGAUACAGAAGUAACUAAAAGUGUUUCACUCUUACCUGAAGAAAGAAAGUCUGAAAUUCUUCAGGUCAGUAACCAAGUUAUAGAUAGUGAUAAACAUAAUCAGCAUGAAACACUUAGGAAAAAUUCACCAAACAUGUUUUUAGGUAAGAGUGACAGCCUUCAGAAAUUUCACAACACAAAAAAGGACUUUAGUAGCAUAAGUUUAGACUCUGAUCCCCCUGUUUUUUUUCAGGUCAGCCGUGGAAUAAACCCUGACAUGUAUCGUUUGGAAGUAUUCAUGAAACGAGGUGAUGACUUACCUCCAGUUAAAUUGGGGUUUCGUAAUCUUUCAGUUCCUUCAUCAUGUAAAAAGCAAGCACAAGAACAGCUGUCAGUAGUAACUUUGGAGCAACUUCUUAAUGAUUCAUUUGACAUCAGUCAGGAGAAACUCCAAGUUAGUUGUGCUGUGCCAUCUAGAGAAUUUGCAUUUUCAAAUAAUGAAAAUCAACCUAACAAGUUCCAUUCUUUAAAGAAUGAGGAACACUGUCAAGAUUCAACUUGUCAUAAACCAAGUAAAUUUCAAGAUUCAACGUGUGACCAAGAAGUACCGCAUAAAGUAUCUUCACCCUCCAGAAAUAAAAUGUACCUCAGAUCAAAGCAAACAGCACGUAAAAGUUUUUUGUCUAGGCACAGUAGAAAGCAAAAUGUAGAUAAAAAAGCUAAUGCCAUGUAUGCUCUGUCCAACAACAUCCAAAGUAAUUGUGAGGCAGUAGAGUUGAAUAUAAAUCAUAACAUCAGAAUACAAGAAUGCUCUUCUCCUCAUAAGGAGCUUUCAUCAGUUGUGAAUAAAUCUUCAAAUUUAGAAUGCUCUUUCAAAGAUGCAGCAGUAGACCAUAUUUCAGGUGCAGGUUUUGCAUCAGGUGAUAAUGACAGAAUUGAUUGUUGUUACGUAUCAAGUCCUCAAAGCAUGCCUACUAAUUUUCCACUUACUGCAAGCAAGACAAAAGUUCCUGAAAAAAACAGUCAUGUAAGUACAGCUUAUGAUAAACAGCAGUUGGUCAUGAGACCACAAGAGGUUAGUACUAUUCAUUCAGAAAAUGUUAGUGAGCAAGUAACAAUAACAAACAAAAUGGAUACAGGAAUUACAGAUAGAUCAACAAGUCAGAAGAGUCCUUUAGGCCAUGUAGCAAACUAUCAUACAAGUGACGUUCAACUAAUAAUUAAUCCACAAGAGAUCAACACCAUCCAACCUAGAAAUGAAACUCGGCAAGUUACAGAAGUAGAUAAUGAAAAUCUUCAAAUGAUUAUAACAGAAGACCUAAAUCUUGUCCAUCAAGUCCAAGAAAAUGAGAUAGAAGACAUGGAAAUACAAAUUACAAAUGUUCAUUCAUUAACAAAUGCCUCAGAAGAAAUAACAGAACUAGGACAAAUGAUUGAAGAUAAUUCAGGUGGUAGACUGAUUGAAGAAUCAAGAGCACCAAAUCCACGUGACUUGAGAACACCAAGCCCCCUUGUGUUUGAAAUCUCUAGUAGUGAUGAAAGUGACUGUGUUAUUCUUAGUGACUCAAAAGAAGAUGUGUGAUAUCAUGGUUUCAUAAUGCUGUGUACUUUGAAUGACUUUCAAGGCUGUGGUUAAGUAUCUUAGUAUAAAGAGGAAUGUGAAAUAUGUCAAUUUUGAAAGAAUAUUGUUUAGUAAACUCACACAAUAUUUUUUAAGUCUAACAAAAAUCUCUUGAUGAAAAGAAAAUGUGCAAGUAACAAACUUGAAAUAUUCUGUCAGUUUUCGUCUGAACAACAAAGUGAGAACUUUAAGAUACACACCUAGUUUAGGUGCUGUUGCAUAGAGAAUGGUGAGCAUCUUCUUGAGACGCUUUCAAACUGAUAUUUAAGGCUUGUCAGUUUGCAUAACAAUUGAAAGAUGCUGAAUUUUAUAGAUUACGUUUUUACAAGAUUCACUUUCGUCUAGUGAAUAACACAUAAAUAUAAAAUUAUUGCAUUCUAAAUAUUUUUCACAAUUUUCAUCAUGAGCCAAUAAAGUAUAUUAAUUUUUAAAGAACUAGAGAACACCAGGUUUUUUUUUAUGCACCAACAUUUUCAUCAUAGCAUUGAAUUUUUUUUUGUUAGAAAAAAUAUGUAUUACUCUCUUUUUUUUCAUUCUUUAGCUUUUUUUGUAUGGCUUUAUCCAUUCAUGGUUUUUCAUCCUCUCUCCUCUCCAUGAAAACAUCAGUAGUACAGUUUUUCUCUCUUUCUUGAUCUGUUUAUGUAACACUUUGUGAAUUCAUGGUCUUUCAUCCUCUCUCCUCUUCAGGAAGAUUAACAUCAAUAAUUUAAACAAUGUUCAUUCUCUUGAUCUAUCUAUCUAAAGCUUCGUCCAUUCAUGGUUUUACAUCCUUUCUCCAGAAAAAUUAGCAUCAAUAAUACAGUCUUUACAAGAAUUAAAAACUAGAACCAGUGGCAUGGAAUCUUCACAAUUACUGGAACAUAUCUUCAAAUAAAGAAGAAUUAAGUUAGGUUCAUAUAAACAUUAGACCAAGAGUGUUUGUUUUUAUCACCAAGUACAGCAAUUUUAUUAAACUGUGUGAUGAAGAGAAAAAUAUGAACAUCGUCCAUGGUACUUUAACUUGGACAAAUAUUGCAUCCUUGUGAGAACAUGUACACUUAGAAACUAAAUCAAAAGCAAAUGAAAUAUAAUAUGAGGAACUCUGUUUUUGUAUUACAGUUUUUAUACAAUUUUGUAUUGAAAUUAUUGUUUCAUAAGAUUACAUAAAUUAACAUAUGUCUUUUUUUUUUUCCAUGUUUGGAUAAAAGAUAGUAACUUCAGUAUCAUUGCCAUUUACAACAAAACUUUGUGGAUUUUUCUCUUCAACUUUACUCUGAAGUUAUAUUAAAAUAUCUUACAAAUUUAUGUAACUGUAAAAACAUUCUUAUUUUUGUUAUUCUGAACAAUAAAAGAUUUACAUCACAGGAUAUAAUUUAUUGUGUGUUAGAGGAAAUCAAUUUAUUCAGUUUUACAUCUUUGAGCCAUAUUCGAAGUCCUAUAAGUAUAUGAGUUUGUGUUCAGUCUUGAAGCUAUAGAUGAUUAGACAUAAUUGGUACAAAUGUAUUAAGUGUUAUAAGAAACAUUAACAUUUUUGUCCUUAUAUAUUUAAUUUAACAAGUAUAUGGGUGCAUGUAUAAUUAACUUUGAAUUUUUUAAUAGAAUAUUUUAUAUGUACAUAAAGAAAAAGUUUCAGAAACAGGUAUAAGGUAUAAUAACAGUGCAAAGUUUCUUUUAAGCUAUUCUAAUGUAACAAAGCUCAAGUAAUUUUUGUAAAUCUCUCUCAAGGUUUAUUGUUCUGUAAUGUAAUCAAAUUUGUUUAAUUUUGUUGAAAAUAAACUAAGAUUUCAUUUCUAAAACUUGUACAUGAUUUACCCAUUGAAAAUUACCUUUGAUCAUGUUUUGUAUGGACUGAAUGAGAAAGUAAAACAGUUUUUAUAUUUUUAUAUUAUAAAACAUAGAUGUUAAUAAAAAUGUUUUGGAACUACCUGUAUGACUGUUUCAGUUAGCGAUUGAAAUGAAACAAAUUGUUUUUUUCUCAAAUAAAAACAUAGAAAAAUAUAAGACAAGCUAUAUUUAUUGUCAUGGAGAAGAUUGUAAGGUACCAGAUCAAACUGUUUCCUUUCACUUUUGUUUGAGUUUGAUUUUAUGUCUCACUUGGGAUUUUCUUGCAUAUGAUUCAUAGUGUAUGUUUUAUGUAGUGUGCAAAAUUUUCUAUGUAGCCAUAAAAAUACAAAACCCUAUAACCCGAGCACUUUAUGGGGUUUUGUAUUUUUGUUAAAUUAUAAUUUUUGAAACUACAUAUUUUCCUAACAUCAUGAAUUUUGUGUAGCCAUAUGAUAUGUAGAUAUACUCAAGAAUGUAAAACCAAAAGCACUUGACAGACACCACUACAAGUAAUGUGGAUGUCGGUGUAGGUAGGAAGUUAUCGCUCAUGUAUCUGUUUUUUGGAGUAAUCAUUGAUGAGCUAAUCCAGGUGUCUUCAAACUACGGUCAGUGGGCCACAUUAGGCCCGCGACUUUGGUUUAUCUGGCCCACCAACAGUUUAUUAAAGUAAUAAUAUAAUUUUUUAAUAUUAUAAAAAUAAAAUGUAAUUGAGCAAAAGUCAAUCUGAUCAACUAUGUAUCCCUACUUAAUUUUACCACGACCCCUCUGGCCUGUGAAGCCUAAAAAGAUCUACCUCCCGGCCCUUGCCCAAAAAGGUUUGGAGACCCCUGAGCUAAUCUAAGAAUUAUCUGAUACUGUACAAGAACCCUGAUUUGAAAGUGCGGUUACUAAUUCUUUUUAACUUGUCAGGUAUGAACAUGUUUAAAGAGCCUUCUUUCUACACCAGCAACCACUUUGAGCCCAGUCGAACUUAAGAGGUUCGAAAUAUGUGAAAUACAUUGUGAAUAAAAAUUUAGUUUAUUUGC